AUGCCUUCGCCGGAUAUCUUGGGCGUUCAGGCCUUCGAGACUGGACCAUUACUACAGGAGUGGUGGGAAUGGACGCUUGUUGCCAUUAUCAGUGCCAGUGGGCUUGUAGGAGUUGUUGCUUUCCUUUGGUACUCAUACCGUUCCCUACGGACAUUGUUGAAGGGUGACGACAAUGAUCACAGCUUACCACGAUCGGUACAAGAACGAAUACACCUGUUGUCGAACAGUUCGAGCGUCGUCCGCAAAACCCAUACCCUCCCUACAAAGCCGUCGACGUUUGGCGUAUAUCUGGGCCUUCUGAGCAAUCCAGUCACACACGAUGAAGCGCAAACACUUUCACAAUGGGACGUUGUAGUGUUGGAUUACUGCGAGCCUGGGGUCUUGGAAGCUGUUGGCGACGAUAGCGUCUCAAUGGGGCCUCACAUCAUCGCACGGCUUGAUUUGGCUCAGAUAAUCACAUUCUCGACAACGGAUAGUGAACUGGACAUGUCGCGAGCGGUGUAUGUUCUGUCGUGGACUAUUCAGCGUACCUUGCGACAGCCGGACCAGAAAAGAUACUUCACAGGCGUUCUUGUCUCUGGCUGGCGAGACCGCAUAUCGGUGCCUCUACUCAACGGCUUGUCGAAGCUUCUCAUUGCCUACGGUCUGGAUGUCUACUUGGAGAUUGAGGCUCCAGACUUCCUAGACAGUGUCCAGAAACUCGAUGUGGCAUUGUUCGCUGGCUUCAUCAUCCGCAAUGGAACGAUCAAGUCGAAUGGAGAGCGCCGAGACUUCUUCGAAAUGGACAAAAUGAAGACUACAACCAAAUCUUUUGUUUCCCAAGCCUGUCAAAGGUCGUUCGUAACGAUGAUGUGGGAUACGAUCGAGGACGAUGUCGAACUCUCGCACGCUGUGGUCAGGAGAGCACAUAUGUGGUGUAGCUACCACGGCGCCAUCCCAUAUUUUCCGCGUCAACGGGCUCUUUCGAACAUUGACGAGAUUGUUCCUUGUCAUGAGCCCUUGGCUGCUUUCCAGUGGCUCAAGCAACGAAGAGUCAUGGAAGUCCACGAGCGAUAUCGCAUGGCGCGAACACUUGCUCCCGGUUUCUCAAGUAUCAUCGACGAUUACCUCCCUUUACAACACAUCUUUCCCCGCCUUGCCGAUACGCUCGCCGGCCUCGACGCAACCGAUUCUGCCGACGACAGCGACGACGAUGCGUCGAGCACAUGUACUGAUACUGUGCACUACCCCGAGAUCGACGAGAACGGAGCAAUGCUUGCACGAACACCUACAUCACCAGUAUCUUCUGGUCUGGAAUGGACACUGGCAAGGGAGAAGCAUAGCAGCGACCCACUGUCUUGCUCAUCCAAUGGGUCGCCAUUCGGCUCUUUGGGAUGCUUUCCGAUUGGAUUGGACGCGUCAAUGACAGACUUUUCGCGUGUCAUUGAAUCACAACGACGUCUACGGGAUCUGAAGCUGCUCAGCCGACUCUCCACCGCACAACUACAUCCUGUCGCCAAGAUUCUUCGUGACUAUUGCCACAGCAGCAGCCACUUCCUAGACUUGCUUCCAACGUCAAGAGAUGCCAUCUCAAAGCUUGUAGACGCACUAGCUCGUACAAAUGACGACGCGGAGGACAACUAUCAACUACAAGUAUACUCUGCGCUCGACUCUGGAUUCCACACGCCUGGUGGUGCUCAGUUUUGGGCUGUCUGGGAACUAGAGCAGAGAGCCCAAUUCGUCAUCAUGUACAUCUCCAAGUCGGUUCAGGAUCUCAACGCUGUUCUUCUUCAUACGCACUUGAGCAGGCUAGGCUUCUCCAGAUACCAGUGCUUCUUAGCAGAGUAUGGCUUGACGGAGUUCAUGGCUGGGUCCUUCUCGCCUGAGCGACUACCCGAGAGGCUACAGCAAGACCUAGAGCUUCUCUCGUCGACUGAUCUACUCCUGUAUCUGCAACACAUGCAAUAUUCGGAGUGGGAUGAGGACUGCUCGUUGCUCUCAUCCAUACGAAAACGUUGCGAAGAGUUACUGAUCGAUAUACCUACGUACCAUCAGUUCAAGAAGCUCAGCAACGUGGACUACAUCAGUGGUAGCAUCACCGAUAAACAGCUGGUCAACGCGAAGCUCAAAUGGUACCGGCUCUCACAUCUACCCACACUUGACGGACGUGAUGCUCUAGAACUGUUCAGGGAAGUGGCCAGGGUGCUCGAUGAUAUAUUAUGGUCACGAGACCAUGAGAGGCUAGACAUCAUCACUUCCGCUCUCAACAACAUUACCAGCAGAGGAUCCUUAGAUUCGGCGGCUGACUUCGUGCUUUUCUGCGUCUUCUGCGCUGCAAGGAAAGCAGGGUUUGAGGAAGUGUACAUCGAGGUGUCGGAUCGGAAUCCCCUGUUCAAUCAAUACUCAGAUCAAAGCGCAGCUUUUGCAGAGCUAUUCGCGCUAGGAUCAAGAUGCGAGGCGUACUUUGACAUCAAGCCAAGCGAUAUCGGUAUAUUGCUAUCGGAGAAGCAUAGGAACUACUACAACCAAGAAGAACACCAACCUCCGAUGUGGAUCUUCAACGCACCAUCGUUUGCUUCCGCUUACGCUGCAGCCCAGACCGACAUCGACCCAGAGCAAAAGCCAUCCGUCAUGCCUGCAUAUCGCCGCUUUACCUUCCUCAGUGUCUUUGCAAUUCCAGCAUUAGUUGACAUCAUCCUACUAUCUACGACUGGCCAUGGUCUGUAUCUGAGUGUGCACAUGAAAGAGGACCAACUAUACUAUGCUACACUGGCAUUGAUGUGCUCAUUGCUCCUCUCUGGCGCGAUUGGAACCUGGAUAUCCAUCGGAGGCACCUACUACCUCAUAUCAAUGGCAUUCUCAGCGGCUAACAUGUUCGUACUCACCCGUCUGGUUGGUGGCCUAGCAUUCACUCUUGCUGGCUGUCUUCUUGGCUUUGUCAUCAUCUCAGCUGUCGUGGGUCCAGGCCUUGGGGCGGUGUUCGUCUUCUACCUUUUCGGCCUCACAACAUACCUCACCGUGCUUGCUGUCCUCUCCACAUAUCAGGUUCCCGGGUCCAGUUUCCUCAAUGGUCGCAAAGUCAUCAUCAUGGUAGUCCCGACAUUAGUGAUAUCCCCUUUGUUGACCAUUUUCAUUCAGGACUACGACAUCUACAUCUAUCCAGGAGUUCUCUAUAUAUUCAUUACCUUGCUGAUCCUCGGUACUCGGCACGUUGCGACGCAAUGGGUGACCUGGUAUCACAACAUCAAGACGCUUAACGAUGCUGACAUCAAGGAUUGGUAUGUGAAACGGUCAGCCAAAGAGCAGCGUGUCACAAGCGGUAUGCAUCCUAAAGGUAAUGCCACACCUAACGCUUCAGCCACACAUGCUAAUCCGACUUCUGCAGAUCAAUCGAGCAAAGGUCCUCAUACCGCAUCCAAAGUCCUCGACUUGAGCGCGCCUUCUUCAAAAGCAUCGAUUAGUGCCAAAGACUUGUUCUACGGCAUGAGUGAGCCCGCAAUCUUGGCUCUUUGCCGCACCGCGCUACACAGCGCAGUCUUGAAGGAGAACGGACGCCGAUUUUGGCAGAAGCCUACGAAUGAUGCCUUCGUCAGACAGCUCGCAGGUUGCUGGGAUUCCACGCUAUUUUUACUGGACUGGUACGCACGCAUUACCGACACCAAACGACCGAUCCCAUACAGUUCAACCUGGAAUCUUGAAACGCAGGUGGCGCUUGAAAGCAUGCAGCAGUCGCAAAAAGGUAUUCGCCUUCACAACUCGUUCAUCCAUUGGAGGACCGCUGGAGACGAGAUCUACUGUGGUAUACUCUACUUCAUCGUCGCACUCAUGGAUCGAUGGCUCGAUCUUGUACGCGGCGGUAACCAACCUGGCGGCCAACUAGUCGGAUUGCUUCCCUCCAUAGACAACGACACACUUCGCCUCUCAGUCGGCUUCGGUCUUGCAUACUACCUCAUUGGAGCUGUACUACUUGACUACAAAGCUCAACACUUACACACCAUGUCUGAGCAAAUGUCUCCAGUCUCGAUCAAGGACGCACACCAGAUCGACAAAGCCAAAUCCAACGAUCUGAAAUUCAGGCGACACUUGUAUCUGAACACCUUAUGUCGAUUUAUCGGUGUCCAUGUUUGGGCCCUGGCGAUAUGUGCUGCACUGAUCUGGAUUUUCAAUGGCUCCUCAGUGGGUCUCACCAUAUUCCUGGCUUACGUUGGCGCAUAUACUGGUCUACUCCUCUACCAGUACAACAAGAUUUUCUCCGGCCCGCAUGCACUAAUGCCACUCCUGGCAGCAGUCAGUCUCGGCUUCGUAACUGGCAACAUACUCAUCACGGUCUUACCAGGUUUCAUGUACAACAAGAUCAUUGCACUUGCUGUCUCGACCUGGACGGCAGCUCUUCUCUCGUUCCGGACUGCCCAGCUAGGCAUGCCUGAUUUGCUCCACGUGCGUACCUGGAUGUCGAACCUACUACCAAACACCGAGCAGAACAGGGAGCCCACUAAAUCGACCGAGAUGUCUAGCUUGAGCUGCGUCGCGUCUCGAGGUGUAGAUCGUUCAGCCAUCGACGAGCGAUAUCGCGCCUACAGCGGCACUGGUGGUGAUGCGGAGUUCAGUCAAAGUGAGCUCCACGCGUACUGCAGCAAGCUACGGGCUGCACCUAAGGAGAACAGGUUCCGCGUGUAUCCCAACGGUCAGCCUGGUGACCAGAUCUGUGCUAUCCUACUAUCAUGCACCCACGAAAAUCUCUCUAGGCUUGCCAUGCAAGCAUUCCCGACUAUGCCCUUUCUAAUCCAGCGGAUCGUUCUGGCGUGGAAAAACGAAUCCAUCAAAGUCUUCAUCGUUCCUAUGCAGGCUGUGGCUGGGGUUGAUUGCGACCUACGGGCGAUCUCGCAUUAUACAGGCGGACGUCUCACGCUUUACGUCGCUUCGGAUGCAAAGGGGUCUGGCUCAAAGCAGAUGAAUGUGAGCAGCAAUAGUGCGAUCAUUGCCGAGACGUUGCUGCACGCUUGUUCAGAAACCUUGUUUGGCAUGCCGCACUACCAGGCUGAGAUUACAGAAUCAAUGCUUGCUUGCCGGGAAAGCGACUGUGGUUUCUACGCCAUAUCAGAAUGCAGCAAGCGGUCGAUGCCGGAGCUUAUCGUGGGACCGAAAGCCUCGAGCUUUGAAACUGCGCUUCGCAAAGAACUGUUGCGGAAUCUAUGCCUUGGGUUCAACUGCGAGAGUCAAUGGGAAGAUCUUCCCCUCGAGAUUCGUCGCCUUUUCCUCCGACGAUGUGUUGGCGUCCGCGCACCCUAUACGAACACAGAAAUGGCAUGGAUAAACGCGAACGUUCCGGUGGAAAGCUCGUGUACCAUUCUGUCGUGCAUUGCGCGAUAUGACCUUGGCGCGUACUUAGCGGUCGUCAAGUACAGCUUCUUCAAGAACCGAGGUGAUCAGGCUCUAACCGAGAAAGAGUAUCGUCAAAUGACCGCGGACAUCCAGGAGGCGUAUCAUCCUGUCCUCAAUCACUCGGCUGUCUCAGUUCUCAGCAUCUUCACUGAAUACGUCCGUCUGCCGAUUGCCUAUGUCUACCACUCUGCUGGGACGUGGGUCAAGUUCUUCUUCCUCGCAUGUAUGGCCGACCCUGAAUACCAGCGCGAGCUGAACGGAGCCUUGAUACACACACCACGUCCACUAGCCACGUCUGCCACCUUCGUUCUGACAGGCUUGUGGAUAUACAGUCGGGUUGCAAUGUCCGUUGCUCUGCCGUUUUUCUUGUACCAUCGCCGCAAAGACAUCGCAGGCCUUGCUGGAACAGUGAAGGGUAGUUUGAUCGUCCAGAAAAAGACUCGCCUGAUCAUUCGAAGCUAUGGAGACACGGAGACAGCAUUCAUUCAUCCUGUCAAAGUUGGCGGGGUUAAACUGAUGUUCUAUCAAGGUGAUCUGGAAGCAGAGCCUACUUGGGGUCAUCUCCGGGUCACAUACUAUGACGAAGAGAUGCGCAUCACGUUGCGUGAAGAGUACAAGAAUGGCGCGGUCACCAAUGAGUUUGUUUACGAGUAUGCGUUGAAGCAACUUCAGCGUAAGACGAAGAUCUCGAAAGUCAAGAAGAGUAGGGUGCCUCUAAGCAGAACCUGUCGCAGCGGCCAGGAUGAGGGUGCCAAGGUUAUCUACAACCGGAAGGGCCACAUCGAGUCGGGAAGCUAUAUCAACCACAAUAAUCUGGUCCGUUUCAAGUAUCAUUAUCGCAAGAACGCCAAAUACGACGACGAACUUCUCCGCGCCGAAUUUGUGCUGCCGCACAUGUCAGCCAACGUCAGCUGGUGUGCACCUCCUGUUCGCCAUGCCGAGAAGAUGGAGCGCUGGAUACCCACCCCUCGCGUUCACGAAGCGACAUUCGUCCAAGGAGCCGAUGUAUAUGAAUGCUCAUGGCUGUAUGACCACAAGUUCCAUCCAACCAUUACUACGAAGCUUAACGGCGCCCCAGUCGAAACCCCGGAUAUGAUUCGUCAUGAUUGGCUCGGCGUACUAAAGAAGCCAACUCGAUGUACUUUCGCGGACGAGAAUCCCUUGUUAGCCUUCAAGUCCCCGUCUUCCAGUUUCUUCAGUCGGAUGCUGCGCACAAACAUCAAACAACAAGAGAUUUCCACUUCCAGAGCUCGAUCCCAACUCUGGAAAGCUUGGAAGAAGCGAAACGAUCUAGAUGGUGUUGUCAUCCGAUGGGUAGAUGAAGAGUUGAUUCGCAGAGAAGCUCUCCUCCGCCCAUAUUGGAGACGGAGAGAUCGCGGCAGCCUCGUAAAGGCUGAAGAUUAUCUGGCGCUGCAUGCCGACGCCAUCAUGGCCAGCUCAGACCUCACAAGCGAUAUCAGCGCAUGGACGCCACUUGCAAUUCGAAUGAGUGAUUUGUUCAGCUUUGGUCAGGGUGGGGAUGCCGUUAUCUUCACAAGAACGAAAGCACUACAACGCGAUACCGACCACAACCUUCAUGUCAUCGCUGUUGACACUGGUACAUGGCCGAAUGAAGGCGGUGGAGUCUCGGCAUGUCGUCGAGAUCUCAUCAACAACUUGCGCACCAUCAAAUGGCACAUGGUCGUCGAAUCGGCUAACGACUUUGGCUUGCCGAAGCACCAAACCGAAGAGAACGUCGAGUCACUCAAGGUGAUACCACUAUGGGGACUGGACUUCAUGCAUCCAAACCAUGGGAUGUUCACCAACAAGCUGGACAGCGAGGUCGACCAUCUGGUCAAAGCAGCAACGAUAUCCGACAUCGAAACGAACUUCAUUCCUACCUUGACUGCUCUCGUUCGCGGCGCACGGGCGACUACAAUGACAUCAGCAGACGUGAAGCAAGCGACGCGUGCUUUGGUCAACCUGAACACAUAUUUUCAGGAUUCGCGUCACUGGAAAGAGGUCUGGACCAGCGAUGUGGUCAAAGAUACAUGGAGGAGACUGUGGCUCGAUGAAGACAUGCCGAACGCGCAACCGCCCUCAGAAUGGUUCCGUACUGAGCUUCCAACGCUUAAUCACUUCGACACGGCGCUAGAGCUGUGGUUCCGAUGCAAGUAA